AUGGCGCUCAACCAAGAGACAUUCAACGAGAUGCGCGACGCAGUGCAACAGGCUCGACAGGACAUACGCGAUCUACGGCAGCAGAACGCCGCGCUCCAGCGACAAGCAGACCAGGCUGGAGAGCCUGAGAUCAUCAGACGGCUCGGCGAGGUGCUCGAGAGAGUCGCAGAACGGCCGCCGCCACCGGCGGCCCAGCUGAUUCAAGCGAAGGAUAUCGGGAAGCCACAGGCCUUCAAUAAUGAAGAGUCGAAGUUCAGUGAGUGGCUCCAGAAGCUCAAUAACUACGUGCUCAGCGUCUUCGGCGUGAACUUCCGGCCGGUGAUCGAGUGGGCAGUCGACCAGGCGAACGACACGGUCACGCUCACCACGGCCGCUGCGAUGGAGCAGUUUGUGAAUGAGGCCGAGGACGGCGAGGCAGUCGACAACGUGGACGAGAAGCUCUCGCAGCUCUACGCGGUGUUCGUCUCGCUCACGGGGGGCGAGUCCUUCGACCUGGUGGUCAGCGCAGGCCAAGGCAAUGGAGCUGAGGCCCUACGAUUGCUGGUGCGGCGCUGGGGUCCUACCGGCGGUGGUCGCCGCCGCGUGCUACUCAAGAAAAUCAUGGCGCCGACCAGGGUCGCAAAGCUAGAGAACUUGGCCGCAGAGGUUGUGAAAUGGGAAGAGCUGGUCAGGCGCUACGAGAGGCGCAGAGCCGACGGUCGAGAUGUACACCUAGACGACGCAAUCAAGAUGAGUGCGCUCGAGAGCCUCGUGCCGCAGGACGUCGAGAUGCACCUUGCCCUCAACCGCACCAGACUCCAGGACUGCGCUGCGAUGCGAGAGGAGGUCAGGAGCUUCCUGGAGACCAGACAAGCUCAAGGAGCCCUUGGUCGGUCGAGAGGCGACCCGAUGGAGGUCGACGCGUUCGUCAGGAGAGGCGACGGCAAGGGCAAGUGCGGCAAGGGCAAGGGCAAAGAUGGCAAGGGCAAGAACGGCAGCGGAAAAGGAAAGACGGACAACUCGAACGUGAUCUGCUGGAACUGCCGAAAGAAGGGCCAUCGGGCACAAGACUGCGGGAAGCCCACCGAGAGAGGAAGUAAGGAUGACAAAGGCAAGGGCAAAGGAUGCGGCAAGGAUCCGAAGGGUCAGCGUUUCCAACAGCAAGGCGUUCGCCGAGGCUACCUCAACAAUUUCGAGAACGACGCGCAGAGCACGAUCAGCACGCAGCUACCGACAUCGGCCUCACAGGCCAGUGUAUGCAACCAGUCACCCGCCGCGCUCAGCUUCGGCGCCUUCGAGCGCGUGCUGGAGCUGAACAGCGUGGGGGCGAAGGGUGAGAAGCAGCGCAUGAAGUGCAUUGCGAUGACGUUCGACACCGGCGCCGCUGCCGCGGCCUUCCCGCUCGAGCAGGAGGGCGAAUGCACCGACGCCGACGGCAGCUCAUACCGCGCAGCCACUCGCGAGAUUGUAGAGGACGAGGGCGGCGUCGGCAUCAAAGGAAUGUCGGAGUACGGCGAGAGUAUGUUCCUGAAGGGCAGGCGCGCGAACAUCGGCAAGCCGCUCCUGUCCGCCUCGGCCGCCGCCGCCAAGGGCCACUUCACGCGGGUCGGCGCCUUCGGCGGCUACGUCCUGAAGGAGAGCGAGCUUGCGCAGAAGAUCCACCAGAUGAUCGACCAGUACGUGGCUGAGGGCAACGAGGGCAUCGUGCCGCUGUGCCUGCAGAACGGAGUCUACAAGAUGGACGUGCUGAUGGACCAACCAGGCGGCCCCACUUCGCCGGGGUCGGCUCCUGUUGCCGAGCUCUGUCCGUGGGCGCCGGCGAGCGCGGGCCCUCAUUGGCAGGCAACGGUCCCGUGGGAGGCGCGAGCGCCUCGGAGCCGCCGGAGGUUGCGCCAGCGACAGUGCAAGGACGAAAGCGACUACCUACUCGAGCUGAAGUUGACCAACGCGAGGCUACAGGUCACGCUGCAUUUAGAGAUUUGUGUGAAGUUUGUUGUUCAGCUCGAGGGCUUGGCCCACCUCAUGAACUACAAGCUGAAGUUCGGGAAGGAGGACGAGGGCCAGGAGGACGACUUCCCGAUGCUGGUGGCCAGAGAUUCUAGGGCGAAGUUGCCCUACUCGGUAGCGAUUCCGGGCAAGAAGGUCACCAACUUCAUGAUCAAGAUUCUGAUGAGCUUCAUCCUGCACCUCGGCUACCGCAGGCUGAUCUUCCAGAGCGACGGGGGGCCCGCGAUCGUGGCGCUCAAGACGGCGGUCGCGGUGGCGACGCCGACGGUGGAAUUCCUGCCUCGAGAAUCGCCAGCAGGAGAGCACCAGAGCAACGGAGGCAUCGAGGUCACCGUGCGAGAGGUCAAGAGGCAGGUCAGGGCGAACAGGUAUGCACUGGAGGCCAAGCUCGGCAGGAAGGUGGGCGAUGACCACCCGAUCUUGAAGUGGUUGCCCCAGUGCGCCGCGGCCUGCAUUGGCUGGUGCCGACGCGGAACCGACGGCCUCGCUGGAGAACAGCGGCGCUCAGGCCGCGACUGGAAGAAGCUGGAAGCAGAGUUUGGCGAGCGGGUGAUGUACAGGCCGCUCGCGCCAGGAGGUCGCAGGAGUACUAUGGGGGAGCGCAUGAAGUCUGGGAACUUCCUGGGCUACCACAUGCGGACGGGGGCCCUGCUCGUCAUGACGGUUGACGGUGUGGAGAAGGCCCAAGGUUUCAAGAAAUUGCCGAAGGAGCAUGCCUGGGACAGCAAGGUCGAGGUGUUCGAGGUCGAGAAGCAGCUGGAGGAGACCAAGCUGCCCUACCGCCGCCCUCUGGAGACGGCGACCGAGCUCCUGCCCCAGAGCCGAGGGACACCGAGAUGGCGGUGGUGCCGGCUGGAGGCAGUGGAAGCGAACCGAGCGCUGCCAGGAAGCGCCGAGGUGACGCACCCGACCCUGGACGAGCUACCCAGGUACGAGGAGGAGGCGCAGAUGAACGUGGAGGACCUGGUCGACACGGCGAUGUCCCAUGCAGCGUCGUCAAGUUCAGCAUCGGCAUCGGUAUCGAGACCGAGCCAGGCUCCAGAUGGAUCGAUGGGCGUCGACUUCCUGGAGCGGAUCAACGGCUGCGACAAAGGCCGCACGUUUAUCAUGAUCUACGAGCUGGUGACGUUCGAGAUGCGGACGAACGCCAACGUGAACGACGCAGAGCAGGCGGAGGAGAUCGCGUCACUUUUAACCGAGAUGUGCGCAGUAGACACUGCGGAGGUUUAUUCGCCGAGAAGGUUUGCAGAGAUGACGUUCUGUUACGGCCUCGCGCACGGCCUGGCAGUGGAUAUCGAGACUGGUUGGGAUCUGCGAUUGCCCGAGCAACGAAAGGAGUGCAAGAAGCAGCUGAAGGGCGAAGACCCGCUGCUGACGAUCACCAGCCCCCCGUGCACACCAUUCAGCAACGCGCGGUCGCUCUCGGACUCAAAGCGAGACCCGAAGAUCGCGGAGGCGGAGAUCCUGGAAGGCGAGGCGCACCUCAACUUCAGCAUGGAGAUCUGCAAGGAGCGCUACAAGGCAGGAAAGCUAUUUCUUCACGAAGCACCUUGGUCAGCGAGUAGCUGGCACCGCCCAAGCGUUCAGGAGGUCAUACGGUUGGCAGGCGUAUUCUUAGUCCAUGGACCUAUGUGCCGCUGGCACAUGCAGGCGACCGACUCCAACGGAAAGUUGGGCUUCGUUCGGAAGGAGACCGGGUGGCUCACUAACAGCGGGCUGCUCGCCGAGAUCCUCAAAGGCUACUGCCGGUGCCCCAGGGGUCCGAACGGAGAACUCGCUCGCCAUGUUCAUCUGGUUGACGGACGCGCCAAACAUGCACAGCGAUGCCUUCCGAGCUUGGUGGCAGCUAUUCUCAAAUGCCUACGAGAGGAGCUUCGACGACGAGAAGGGCUCAACCUACUUGCAGCUCUUUGCGGAGGACCACGCCCACAUGAAGAAGAUGCUGAGGUGUUCGCUGAGUACCAGGACGACUGCGUCAUCGACGAUCUCACGGAUGAGAUUUUGGACUCCGAGGGUGUGCGAGCUGCGAGGCAAGAAGAACUGGAUUGGUGCCGCGGGAGGCAGGUAUGGAAGAAGGUACCUAGACGCGAGAUGCUCGAGAACGGCAAGAAGGCAGUGACCUUGAAAUGGAUCGACACGAACAAGGGCGACCGAACUCAACCACGGUAUUGUUCGAGGCUGGUCGCGAGGAAGAUCAAGAAAGCUAUGAGGUCCGAAGAUCGACCAGAUCAAGCUGAACUAUUCUCGGCCAUGCCAACGCUGGAAGCGUUCAUGGCGAUGGUGACCAUCUUCGUCGGCCGCGUGAACGACGCCCAACACGACGGCGACACAGAGGAGAUCAUUUACAAGUUUUACGACAUCUCGAGGGCGCACUUCUAUGGAGAUGUGAAUCGCGAAGUGUAUGUGGAGUUGCCCGAGGAGGAGACCCACGACGAUCCAGAACCCACGGUGGGCAGGCUACUCAAGACGAUGUACGGCACAGUAGGUGCGAGUCAUGUGUGGCAAGACGACUACAUCGGCCUGACGAGCUCGCACGGCUUCAAGAAGGGCGUCUCGAACCCAGCGCUGCUUUACCACGCCGAGCGUCAUAUACAAGCGGAGGUCCACGGCGACGACUUUGGCGUGAUUAUGCGCAAGUCCCAGGAGGGGUGGUUCGAUGACGUGCUUUCGCGCUACGACUUUAAGGUCACGGGUAUUCUGAGCAGCAGGCCCCUGGAGGAACAGAGCGCGGUCUAUCUCAACCGGGUGUUGAUCUGGAACCCCUUCGAGCGUUCGGCCUACCUCGAAGCGGACGCCCGGCGCGUGAAGAAGGUGAUCAGGGACCUGGGCUUGGAGAAUACGAAGGAGGUGACUACCCCGGCUGUUAAGAGGUCUGUCGCGGAGAUUUUGAGUAGCAGCCAGACAUCGCUGAAGCUGGGCGACGAGAAGGUGAAGACCUACCGCAACGUGACCAUGCGGAUCAUGUACCUGAGUCUGGACCGGCCCGACAUCAGCUACAGCGCGAGCAUGCUGGCUAGACGCAUGAAGGGGCCGAAGGAGACCCGCAUGGAGGAUCUGAAGCGCAUUGGCCGCUACUUGAAGAAGUACCCCGCUGGAAGGUUGCUGUUUCCUGCUCUGAAGCUACCUAGGAAGGUUUGCGUUGACUGCGACAGCGACUACUCGGGGGAUCCUAUUGCGAGGCGUUCCCGAAGUGGAAUGGCCAUUCUGUGGGGGGCGCAUCUGCUGAAACAUGGCAGUUCGGUCCAAUCCACGGUGAGUUUGAGCAGUGGCGAGGCCGAGUACUAUGCAUUACUGCGUGGAGCCUGCCACGGUUUUGGAGCACGGGCCACUUUGGCCGACCAUGGAGUUGAGGUGGACUACGAGAUGGAGCUUUACAUUUUCAGUGAUAGCUCAGCCGCGAGAGGAAUUGCAAGCCGACAGGGACUGGGGGCUGUUCGACACUUGGAUGUUAGAUUUCUAUGGCUGCAGGAACGUGUUCAGAGGAAAAGGCUGUUGCUGAAGACGGUCGAGGGCCACUGGAACCCGGCGGACCUGUUCACGAAGGCCCUCGACCAAGACACGAUGGAGCGGUUGAUGAAGCUGAUUUGUUUCACGAUGAAGUUUGACGGUAGC